AUGAUGAUGUCAUCAGAACUCAAUGGAAAACAUCUCAACAAAUCUUCGUGGCCGGUGUUUAAAGAAAGUCAUGCAGCAACGCUUUGCAAACAUUUCUUUGUCGAUUUAGAAGCACUGAGAAUGAGUGUUACUCCAAAUCCAUCAAAAAAACCUAUCGUUUUGGGAGCUGGUGAUCCGACUCUUGUCCCAGGUGGACCACGCUGUGAUUAUGCCACUGAAGCACUCAUCCGAGCCACCAAAACCCAAAAACAUGAUGGUUAUCACUUUUGGUGGGGAGGUGAUGAAACAAGAGAGGCAGUCGCUGAACACUCAUCCACACAAAGCACAAAAUAUUCAGCCAAUGAUGUGAUAAUUACGAUUGGUGGAGGACAUGCAUUGGAGCUAUUUGUAACGGGUGUAGCUAAUCCAGGAGACAACAUCCUAUUCCCUGAAGCUUGCUACAGAGUCUACGAGACCUACACGAGAGCCUAUGAAGUUGAGUUCCGUGGCUAUCAGUUGAACAUUGAAAACGGAUUGAUUGACCUUGAAGAUCUUGAAAGAAAAAUCGAUAACAAGACGAAAGCAAUUCUGAUGAACAAUCCCCACAAUCCGUUAGGAGCUGUUUAUCCAAAAGAACAUUUAGAACAACUUCUUCGAAUUGCUGAAAAACAUCACUUGCCUGUAUUGGCUGAUGAAAUCUAUGGGAAUUUGGUGUUCGGCGAGGAGAAAUUCUGGCGAUUGACUGAGCUUGAGCCAAAUGUACCGAUUAUAACCCUGAAUGCCUUAUCAAAAAGUUAUUUGGUGCCUGGAUGGAGAUGCGGAUGGUUAUUGUUGAGAGAUCAUCAAGGAUCUUUAUCUAAAGUUUGGCAAGGAAUGCGUAAAUUAACGCUCAAAGCGCUUGGUGUUUCGUCGGUUAUUGAAGGUGCUCUCCCUGAUAUUCUUCAAAAUACCCCACAGAAAUAUUUCGAUGAUCUCAACGAUCGACUCAAGAAAAACGCACAGCUUUUCUACGAUUUACUUGUGAAAGUUCCGGAAGUGGAUUUCCUUAAAGGACUCAUUGAAGAAGAAGCCGUAACCACAAUGCCUGGUAGCUUGAUGGGAUUACCCGGGUAUUUCCGAGUGAUUCUUUUGAUGCCAGAAGAAGCUAUUCCUCGUCUCGUGAUGGAGGAAGAAUGCAAACCGAACAUGAACGAGAAUGGCUCCUCCAUUCAAAUGGUGCAGCAAGAUAACGAGGAAAAUGAUUCGGAACAAGAAGAGACGAGCCCCUACUAUCAAAAUCAUUUGGCUGCUAGUAACAAACCUUACACUUGGCCGGAAAAUUACAAGGAUCCUAACGACUGUUUGAGUGACGAAGAUGAUGCCAAGAACAUUAUUGAUGAAUCAGAAGUUAACGAUGAUCGACCACCGUUUGUGCGGCCAUCUAUACGAGAAGAUGCCCCACUAGCGUCGAUAUUGAAUGAACACCUUGAUGGAGUUGAUCCAAGACAAUGGUUUCCCGAGUUUUCGCCCACUGAAGUGCUUCGUUUUUCCCGAUUGUUCGCGCACAACAUCAAACCAUCAUUUAAGACUGAGUUGUGGUGGACGAGUAAAAGCUUCAUUUACAAAUCCCUUACUGCCGAGCAACGUGCACAGCUUCGUGCCGAGGAAAAAGAAAAACAGGAAGCAAUUCUAAAGGGUGAACUAAGGCAAACGUCAAACUUGCGGAGUUUGUCACUAGCUGAACCAUCAACAAAUCCAGAUGAUUAUCAAGUCGAUCAAGAGACUUUACUGCUGCGUCCAGCCGUCCAAAUGCCAAAAGAAGUUAACAAACAGGAUGAGGAAAAACGAGAAAUUGCCCCGUGGAGACUUGGACCAGCUAAAUCGUUGUACGAUGAAAUGGGAGUUCCACUGACGGCUACUAGUGUCGAUUAUGGGUUCAAUUUGAAGAAAGAGGAUUUAUCGCGUAAGAAGCCGGAUGAAGAAGCUGAAGAAAGCACAAAGGAACGCUCGAGCGCUUUUCUUCCCGUCAACUUGAUCAAUUGGGAAAAUGAUAUCGUAAUGGACGGUGAACAAUAUCGGCAAAAGUUAAUUGACGAGUUGAAGACGGGCAAACCUCCUUUGGGUGGAUGGUUUCCAACUCUAUCGACGCGUACUUAUGAGCAUUUCACAAUUGCCUUGAAGCAAAACUAUUUGCCAUCGUUGUUUGCUCAAAAUCCGCCACCCCAAAGGUUACUUGUACCUGAUCCAGAUCUGAUCACGGAACCAACGCCGACUCAUUCUAUCUUCCCGUUAGAAUUCGUAGACAACACAAAUUGGGAAAAAGAUGUAAUUAUUGAUGUAGACAAUAUGGAGCGAUUACCAGAACCGAAAAUGCUGACGCUUGACUUUUUCGAUGAUCCGCUGAUUUUUGGUAUGCCCGAGGAUCAUGAAACCAAUGAAAGUAUUGUGACAAAGAUUGAGAAAAAGGACAACAAUCUCUUCACGAAGAAAUCAAAGAUGAUUUUGGGACAAGUGCAACAACGGCAAAAACAAGAAGAAGAAGAGGAAAUGGAAAGAAUGACCGAUAAAGAUCCGUUCAAUCUCAGCAAUGAUGACUAUUACAAUCCAAAGAAUACUGACAAGUCUGGUCCCACCGUUACCGCGACGCAAAUCCUGCACUCAUUACCGGCUCAAAAUGUGCAUCAGAUGUUUUUCCCGACUCAUCUUGGUAUUUCAAAGUUGCGUCAUUGGCAUCGACAGCCAUUGAAUAAACGAAUCAUGCGGAAUAUUGGAAGCAAAUUUGUGCCAAUCAAGCCCUUAACACAGCACAUCCAACAAAUGAAUGAGAUGCGAGAACGUAAAAGGCAAAUUGACGGUGGUGGUGAAGUGUUCUUGAUGCGAGAAAUACAGGAUCUAUCUGGACGUGAUGGAGAAUUGCUUCUCUUGGAAUAUUCCGAAGAACAUCCACCUCUUCUUUCUCAAACUGGAAUGGCAAGCAAGUUGCGGAACUAUUAUAAAAGAAAAACUGGCAAAGAACACGAUCUCGACUUCGAAUAUGGUGAGACGGCUUUCACACACAUACCAUUUCUCGGAAUUCUUCAACCCGGUCAAAGUCUACAAAGCAUUGAGAACAACUUGUUCCGUGCUCCAAUCUAUCGACAUGCAACUAAGCGUACCGAUUUCUUGUUGAUUCACCAAAAAGGAAGCUGGUAUAUUCGCCAAAUGCCUCCGACGUUUGUUGUUGGGCAAGAGUGUCCUCUUUACGAAGUACCGAGUCCAAAUUCGAAACGAGCGGCACAAUUUGUUCGGGAUUCGCUAAUGGCAAGUAUCUAUCGUCUUUUCUGGGAAUCUAACGAAGAUCCACGGAAAAUUAAAAUCGAAGACCUGAAGGCCGCUUUUCCUCACUAUGCCGAAGGAAGUUUAAGGAAAAGACUAAAGGUUUGCGCGGAUUUCAAAAGACUUGGUCCUGGACCCGAACAUUGCUUUUGGAUUUUACGGCCUGAUUUCCGACUGCCAUCAAAAGAAGAAGUGCUGGCUAUGGUGACUCCAGAAAUGUACUGUGCACAGUACAGUAUGUUGGCCACUGAACAACGUUUAAAAGACGCUGGUUAUGGAGAAAGAUACUUCUUUACGCCUGAAAAUGAGGAAGAAUCGAAUGAUGAGGUGACGAUCGAAGAUGAGAUAAAGGCUGCUCCUUGGAAUACAACGCGGGCAUACAUAUGGGCGAUGCGAGGAAAAUGUCUCCUCGAUCAGACGGGAAUCGCCGAUCCUACCGGUUGUGGACAAGGAUUCUCUUAUGUGCGAGUGUCAGCUAAACCACCAAAGGAAGAAGGCCCUACUGUUCCAAAACGGCUUGUUACCGGAACCAACGCCGAUUUACGAAAACUGCCAUUAAAGGAAGCAAAACAAAUUUGUCGCGAAUAUGGUGUACGGGAAGAAGAGAUUAGCGCUUUGUCAAGAUGGGAGAUUAUCGAUGUUAUUCGAACAUUGUCAACACAAGCGGCCAAGGGUGGCGGUGAAAACCCCGAUGUCGCUGGAAUGGCUCGUUUUGCCCGUGGAAACAGUCGGCACACAAUGUUGAAUUUACAAGAAAAGAAUCGACGCCAUAACCAGCGAAUCUUUGAGCUACAAGCAAAAAAUCUCUCAAAUCCUGAAGAGCUAUCGACUGAUGAAGGAAGUGGAGAUGAAAAUUCGGAUAACGAAGAUAUGGCAAAUCGAUUGGAAACAAUGCUGAAAGAUGCCAAAGAUAGAACAAACACUGAGUUGGAUCGUCAGCGAAAAUGGUUUGAGGAAGAAGAAAAGGAGCUGCAAGAAUUGAAAGAAAUGCUUCGCACUGACCCUGCUGGACCAUCCGCGGAUGCAAAACUCAAAACCGAGGCUCUAAAUAUCACCGAUCAAGACAAAAAUGAUGCUGCAAAACUGAGUGAAGAGAUUGUGGGUAGCGCUUCAAAGAUCUCUGGGAUCACCGGGAACAAGAAACUGAAGAUUUAUCGAACUUUCCGAGAUGAGGACGGAAAUGAAUCGGUUCGAACCGAAACCAUCACAAGGCCUCAAUUGGUAGAAGCGUACAUACGGAUUCGAUCAACUCGCAACGAAGAUUUCAUCAAGGUUUACGCGAUGAUGGAUGAGCAAUUCAAAGAGGAACGCCGAAAGGAACGACGCAAGUUGCAAGAUCAAUUGAGGCGCCUGAAGAGAUAUCAAGCGACCGCACCAAAAACUGCGCCGAAGAAAGAAAAGAAAGAAGUGCCGAAGAAGGAAAACCACUUGAAGACACGGUGUUCAGCUUGCAAUCAAAUUGGCCAUAUGAAAUCGAAUCGAAAUUGUCCUCUCUUCGGAAAAUCACCGAUCACCCCAGGAUUUAAAGAUACAACCGAUGAUGAAGUAUCGAUGAGUGGGACGGAAACGAUGCCCGGCAUUUCUACGGACAGUCUUGUUGAGUUGGAGGGAACAAUAAUGCGCAUCAAGAAGUCACUUUUUCCGAGUUCAAAGAAGCCAAAAGAAGAUCAACCAGAGAAUUAUGUUACUUCGGAAGCUACUUCAUCAAAGAGCUUCCUGUUUGAGGACGACUUUGGAGAUUUCGAGGGUAAUCUGCAACGAGCGAUUUUCCAACAAGGGAUUAAAGGUGAAACCGAUUAUCUCCAAGGACCAACAAAAAAUGCGCAGCGAGCUCGCGCGAAUCCGAAGAUCUCAAUGGCUACGAUUCUGAUGGAGAUCGUUAGUGAGUUACGCAACAUGCCUGGUAUCGAGCCACUCCUUAAACCUGUCAAUGCCAAAAUGUAUUCCGACUACUACAAAAUCAUCGAAAGGCCAAUGGAUGUGCAAAAGAUUAAAGAAAAAAUACAAGACAACAAAUACGAGCUUCGCAUGGACUUCCUUUGUGAUGUGAAGAAGAUUUUGGAUAAUACACUAACUUACAACGGGGCAGCUCAUCCAAUUACGCAAAUUGCUCAGAAGAUGUUUGAACUUGCGGCCAAACGAGUUGUCGAAAAAGAGUCUCGGUUGGUGCAACUAGAGAAACAAAUUAAUCCGUUGCUUGAUGAUAAUGACAGGGUUGGAUUUUCCUUCAUUCUGACGGAGAUUGUGCAAAAGUUGAAGAAUAUCCCGAAGAGCAGCUCAUUUCAUCAGGCUGUUGAUGGCAAAAAGGUGCCUCGUUAUUACAUGGUUAUCAAGCGACCAAUGGAUUUGCAAAAAAUCGAGAACAAUGCAAAGAAACACUGGUAUACGCGUGUCGAGAAGUUCGAGAAUGAUAUAAAAUUGAUCUAUGAAAACUCGAAAGAAUUCAACGGUGCUGCUUCCCCCUAUACAACAAAAGCUGAAGAAAUUGUGGUCACAUGUCAACAAUUGCUUGCCGAGAAGGCUGAGCAACUCCACGAGCUUGAAUGUAGCAUCAACGCCUCGGAACCGCAAAUGAUUAAAGAACACGACGACGAGGAGGAACUUGAUGAACAUGAUCGAUACCGUUUCUACGAGAAUCUUCUGGAUAAAACAACUGAAGAGCCAGGACAGGAAGCUGGAGGGCCGGGGGAAGCAAUCGCGCAUGAAGAAACGGCACAACAAGGUUUAAUUAAAGUCGAGCCACGUGAUGAAGAAAUGGAUAUUUCAAAUCCGGCUCCAUCAACUUCUGUACCAGCUCGCCUCUCAUUAGUUGAUUAUGAUGACGAUGACUCACAAGAUGCUCCUCUACUUGAUGAAGAUGCCCUACAUCGAGCCUUACUCGAAUCGGAUAUGCAUGCAUCAGGUCAACUCAAUGCCGAUCUCGCGCUCAGCGACUCCGAUGAUGAAAGCCUCACCGAAGCGAAAAGGCCCAGAUUUGAGGAGGAUCCAAUUCUCGAAGCCGGCGGUCCAUUGGGCACAGUAGGUCAACCGUGUAAUCCAGAUCCUGAUCAACUCUCGUGUUCCGUCCAAAAUUCAGAAUGCGUGGAGGGUGUGUGCCUCUGCAAACAAUUUCAUCGAUUUCAUGCCACGAACGGUUCAUGCAUCCACAAUGAACAAGGGUCAACAGUUGGACAGAAUUGUCGAAGCGGUGCCGAGUGUCGAGGGAGAGGCGAAUUCUGCUCGUCGUUCGGCGUUUGUAUGUGUCUAUCCACGCAUGUCGAUUCGGGCACUCAAUGUAAACCGACUGUUUACCCGGGUCAAAGUGGUUGUGAUGAUAGUCGACAGUGCAAUAAAGGAUUCCCAGGCGCUUUCUGUGAUCGAGCACAGAUUUGUCAAUGCCCAAAUGGAAUGAUCUCUCAACAACAGACUUGUCUAACGCCAAAUGCUCUUGCUAAUAUGAUUAUGGCCGAUCCACAGCCAGCACCUUCCCAUUAUCCAUCGCGAAUGAAUGGACGUGGAUCACAGUCGAUUGGAAAUCUUCAACGAACUCCACCUACCUACUCUCGCCGUCGCCCAUUCAAUCAAGAAACUCAUCAGAAUUUCUUCAAACGACUCCAGCAACCAGCGAGCAACAAUCGUUUCGGUGUACAGCCUGACGGUCUCUGUGCUGUGGACUCGGAUUGCGCGGGUUAUCCAAUGUCCUAUUGUGAUGGCGUGUGCAAGUGUAUCAAUGGAGCGCUUAAUGCCGGCUCGACUUGUGUGGCCGGAGCACCAGCCCUCUCGGCUGCUACGUGUUCUUCAGGGCAAAUCUAUGUGACCGAGGCUGGCUCGUGUAUGACAAGUCAAAACCCAGGAGAACCAUGUCAAUAUUCCCAGCAAUGUUCAGCCAAUGAGCCAGGAGCUUUCUGCUUGAAACUGAAGUGCGAAUGCGUCUACGGGAUGCAGCAAUCGGGCGCAGGUUGUACAUUUGUCGACAGUCAAUGCCCGCAACGGGGUUUCAUUUGGAUCAGCGAGUUGGGCGCCUGUAAAGAAGUAAUCCCACCCGGUGGAAAGGGUUGUUCUCAUAAUUUGCAAUGCCAAGCCGCGUAUCCAGAUGCCACAUGUUUCUUGCAGAGCUGCUCCUGCCCUCCCGAGUUCCCCAUUGCAAUUGAUGGAACUUGUGGUCGAAAUUGUUCGGCAGGAACCACAUUCUCCGGGAUCACUAACACUUGUUUACCAACUGUUCAACCCGGUGAUCAGUGCAUUUACUCAUCGCAAUGCCAUGCAAUUCAUCCAGGAAUGAUCUGUGAUCGAAAUCGUUGCAAUUGCCCAAAUGGACAGGUCUUCUCUGGAAAUCAAUGCACAGAUUCUUGUCCUCAAGGAUAUCGAGUGAACUCUAAAGGAGUCUGUGCACAGGGCUGUGCCCCGACACAAAUCGACUUCCAAGGUGAAUGUCUCAAUCAGGCAACGCCUGGUCAACAAUGCUUGGUGAAUGCUCAAUGCACUGGUGGCUCGUCGUGUCAAAGUGGAAUCUGCGUCUGUCCAUUAGCAACUGUUUCAAGUGGAGGAGUCUGUAUGCCGGUUCAAUCACCACCUCUUGCCUCGUGUGCCAACGGAGAACAAUGCUCGGGUGGAUCGUUUUGUGUGUCCGGUAACUGUUCGUGUCCCCUUGGACAAAGUGUUCUCAACGGACAAUGUGUGACACCAAUUGCAGUCCCUCCUAACUCUCCAUGUAAUCCAUCGGUAUCUUGUGGUGGUGGCUCAUCAUGCGUGAAUAGUGUCUGUGUCUGUUCAACGAGUCUCGUCGUCAUCGACGAAACAUGCAGUCUUCCACCAACAGUGAAUCCUGGUGGUCCAUGUCCUUCAGGAUUAGAAAGAUGCCUUGGUCAAUCCUCAUGUAUCAACGGUGUUUGUGCUUGUCCCUUUGGAACUACGAUUCAAAAUGCUCAAUGCGUGCCAAUUGCAGCCGCGACUCCUGGCUCUCCGUGUGGACCAGCUACAACAUGCCAAGGUCUUGCCGUCUGCAUCGACUCGAUGUGUCGAUGUCCUUAUGGAAUGACCAUACAAGGAGGAGAAUGCAGAGCUGCUCCGUCAUCUGACGUUGGUUCUUCUUGUCUAAACGAUGAGGUGUGCAUUGGUGGGAGUGUUUGCUUGAAUGGGAUCUGUUCUUGUCCAAUCGGCACCAGAGCCAUUCAAGGAAUUUGUACGGCCAUUGCUUCAGCUCAACCUGGACAAACUUGUGCAAGUGGCGAAGUGUGCACUGGUGGCUCAAAUUGUCAGCAAGGAGUCUGCGUGUGUCCUAUUGGAACGAUCAACUUUCAAGGAUAUUGUGUAACAACUUCAAUGUCACUCGGCGCCUGCAACAAUUCACUUCAAUGUCCAGGAGGAUCGUUUUGUGAUUUGAGUCGAAAUUUGUGCAUUUGUCCAGGCGGAUCAAUGGCCAUUGGUGAUCGUUGUGUGUCGAUUCAAGAAAUUGCAACGAAACGUCAAAAACCAGCUUAUUUUGGCUGCAAGAUGACAAGUGAUUGUCCACAUGGAAGGGUGUGCUUUGAGGGAAAAUGUAUUUGCGAGAUCGGUCAAAACUUGAACGGGGAUUGUAUCAUCACGUCGAGACACCGAGAUCAAUAUCGAAUCAAGAUCCCAAUUGCUCCACAAAUCCCCCAGAAACCAUUCACAAAUCGAGUAAUCGUCGAAAUGUCAAAGAGAGCCGAAUCUCGAAAGCCGAUCUCGUCCUUUCAACAACAAAUCGCUACUAAUCAACUUACUAACACGACUUUGAUUAGAAAUGUGGACAUCGGUUCUGCUUGUGUCCGCGUUGGAGUGACGUGUGGCGGUGGAUCGAUUUGUGUCUCCGGUUAUUGUGUUUGCCCACUUGGAACGCUUCCUCAUCACAAUAAAUGUGUCGAGAAAAGUACAGCAAAAGCCGGCGAAUCGUGUGCUCAAGGAGAGGACUGUACCGGCGGAUCACAGUGCAAUCAACACUCACAAAUCUGUGAAUGCAUGAAUCCAUUGCAGAUUAUUAUUGGAGGUCGUUGCGAGAAUCGUUUGAGAUCUCAUCCUGGUUACCCGUGCUCGAAUGGAGAGGUUUGCGUUGGUGGAUCAGAAUGCCUUGGUGGACGUUGUGAGUGCACGGAUGGACGGGUGAACAUCAACAAGCAGUGCGUGUAUCGACCUGAUUCUAAACCCGGAAUGUCGUGUGGGAACGGUGAACGAUGCACAGGGAAUUCCGAAUGCGAGCCGACAACGAAGAAAUGUUCUUGUCCAAAGGGAAUGCAAUCGAUUGAUGAUGUGUGCACUGCGUUCUCCUUCGUCGGCCCUGGAGAGUCGUGCUUGGCUUUGAAUGCUAGAUGUGGUGGUCAAUCAUAUUGCGUUCGAGGCACUUGUCAAUGUGCAGAGAAUAUGGUGGCAUUAAACAGGAAAUGCUCUCGAGUUAAACAAGCUCUUCCUGGUUCAAAAUGUUCUCAAACAGAGAACUGUGUGGGGCGCUCAGUGUGCAAGGAUGGCUCUUGUGUCUGUAUGAAUCCACUAAUUCUGAAUCGAAAUCGAUGUGAAACCGCCAGAAAUGUUUAUCCUGGUGAAACAUGUCGUCCAGGGGAUCAUUGUCUUGCAAAUGCUUCGUGUAAAGAUGGCCUUUGUGUUUGCCCAUUGGGACAAAUGAUGCGAAAUGGGCGCUGUGAAAUGAAAAGAUUAAUCUCACCGGGUUUCCUUUGCUCGAGAGAUGAUGUUUGCAUUGGGUUCUCAACUUGUCAAAACGGGCUCUGCUCUUGUCCGAUAGGGCAAAUCAUUGUCGAGAAAAGAUGUGAAGAAGCGGUCAAUGCACUACCUGGUCAAGAAUGUGGAAAGAAUAUCGUGUGCACGGGUGGCUCAAAAUGUCUCGAGGGGAUGUGCGUUUGCGGAACAGAUCAGAGAAUCUACGGGAAUCGAUGUCAAGAUGUUGUAAGAGUUGCUCCUGAGGCGUCUUGCGGAAACGGAGAAGUGUGCACAGGUGGAUCGACGUGUGAUAGAAAACAUCGAGUUUGCCGAUGUCCUCAACGACAAUUCGCCCGUCAAGGGAAAUGUGUGCCGAUCGUUGUCGAAAUCAAUCCACUGAGAAAAAGCACUCAAAUAACAACAACGGGAACGACGAUUGAUUCGAGAGAAAUCGAGGAAUCGACUACACUCAAACCGACAACUUUUCAUCGAUAUCGUUGCUACAAAAGCUCAGAUUGCAAGGGUGGAGCUGUUUGUACAUACGGAAUGUGCGUUUGCCCGCAAGGAAUGGUCAUGAAUAAGAGGAGGAAAUGUGAGCCAGCGUCUGCUGUUGAGAAACCAGCUCUUCUCUUGAGGGAAUGCUCAAGCUCUUCCCAGUGCUCGGUUGAGAACUCGUUUUGUGAUCGAGGACAGUGCAAAUGUUUACCCGGAUAUCGAAUCUUUGGAAGUACUCAAUGCAUUCCAAGAACGACAACAAGCGGUACAGAGCUCGGGACAACUCCAAUCGCUACAACGACCCCGAUUUCCUUCAAAACGAUUCCACCGAGAAAUCGCGGGAAUAAAGAAAUGACUACAACACAAAUCGCAGCAAAUCUCACCCUACAAACCGUUCCGCCAAGAGCUUUACCAGGCUGGCCUUGUAAUCCGAACACAAACUGUCUCCGCGGAUCAUAUUGCGUGAAUGGCUUUUGCAAAUGCCCGCCCGGUUUCGUGGAACUUGAAGGAAUGUGUAAACACCAGAAAUUAGUGCCUCCUUUAUCUUCAUGUGCACAUGGAGAAAUAUGCACAAGAGGAAGCAAUUGUACAUUGGGAUUCUGCUUUUGUCAACAAGGAUUCAUGCUUUAUAAAGAUUACUGUGUCUCGUUUGAAGAUGUGAUGAAACUUCGCGAGCUUGAAAAAGAAAAACACGGAUCAACGCUUGUAACUGUGACGUUCUCUCCUCUUCCACCAAAUCUUCUCUCAACUACUGAAGAGCCAAGAAUAUUUAUAAAGGAAACAAAACAACGACCAUACGGAGAAAUUGAUAACAAUUUGAUGCCUAAAGAAGUUGAAUCAACAGAGGAACCAGAGUCACAAACAAUUGCAUCGAUUUGGACAACAACAACAACAACUUCAACUCAACUACCCACCACUAAUUUUGUUGAGCAACAAGUGAAGAUUACAUAUCCCGGGAAAUGGUGUGAUGAUGUGCGGGUUUUUUGUUCAAAUGGGAGCACUUGUGUGAAUAGUGUUUGUCAGUGUCGCCAUGAUUUAAUUCUAUCGGAAGAUAGAUGCAUUUCACCGUUAGAAGCUCGUCGCUGUAUUGCCUCGAAUCAGUGUCCAUCUGGUGCGGAGUGUGUUCGUGGUCGUUGUGUCUGUCCACAAGGAAUGGCUUUAAGUCGAUUCGGAUUCUGUAUUCCUAUUGUUUAUGUUGACCCUGGAAUGAGCUGUGCUGAGGGAGAACAAUGCCGAUAUGGAUCAAAAUGCUCAGAUGGAAUGUGUACAUGUCAAGAAGGAUUGAUUCUAUCACAAGACAACAAAUGCCUUCCACCAAUUAGUGAAUUGCUUGCAAAUAACCAAAUGCAUGAUGAUCAACCAAAUAACUUGCAUGGAAUUAUUAACAAAAAGCAGAGAAGAAAACGAAUGAAAAGAGAGGAGGAAUUGGAGAAGAGAGCCGUUGGGGAUGGAUGUUUGAGUGAUGGGGAUUGCCUCACACCGACAUCGUGUCUAGACGCGAUUUGUCGAUGUCCACCCACGCAUUUUCAAAGUGGCAAUGCGUGCAUUGAUAAGAAUGCAGUGACCAGCUCAAUCGCACUCCCCGGUGAACAGUGCACCGCAAAUGAUGUCUGUGAUGGAGGAGCUGUUUGUGUGCAAGAAAUCUGCAAAUGCCCAUCCGGAAUGCUUCCAGAAGGACCCUUUUGCUUCCAAGUUUCAUCAAAAGUUAAUGAGCGAUGUGAUGGUGGGGAGAUGUGCAUAAACGGCUCGAUUUGUCUUGACGGUUUAUGCAUUUGCCCAUCCGGAUAUCAUGAAGUUAACACUGGUUGUGUGAAGAAGAAAGUGGCAAGACAAAAUGUUGUCACGAAUUGCGCGAUCAAUCCAUCGAUUUGCACCGGCGGCUCGUAUUGCUCGAAUGGGAUCUGUGUCUGUCCAUACGGGCAAUCAUUUGUCAACGGCGUUUGUACAACUGGUGGAGGCACAGGACAAUCCAUUCAAUAUGCCUCUCCUGGCGCCGCCUGUAUUGAUGGAUCAACGCGGUGUCUUGGCAACUCGAUCUGCAUCAAUAACUUCUGCAUUUGCCCUGGUGGAGAACAAAUCCGGAACGGACUUUGUAUGCCGAUCGAUUCCGAUGCCUCACCCGGAGAUAUGUGCCAACAGGGAAUCACCACAUGUUCAGGAAACUCGAUUUGUCUCAAUAAUGUUUGUAGAUGUCCAACGAAUCAGGUGAACUUGAAUGGUCAAUGCAGCAAUGUUCUUCAAGCAAAUGUCGUUUCAAACUGUGGAAAUUGCCCAAUCAACUCACAAUGUGUACAAAAUCAAUGCCAAUGCAAUACUGGCUAUCAAAUGUCAUCCACGUCUAAUAUGUGCCUUCGAUAUGUUUAUCCAGGACAAUCUUGUGAUUCAACAUCUUAUUGUCAAGCUAAUUCAGCUUGUCAAAGUGGUGUUUGCACGUGUAACCCUGGUUAUGCAGUCACUCAAGGUUUGGCCACUUCGACUUGCAUUCAGGCGGCAAAUCCCGGAGAUUAUUGCAACAAUAAUGUCCCUUGUGGAACGAAUAGUCAAUGUUUAUUAGGCCAAUGUGCUUGCAAUCAAGGCUUUGCUCCUUCAUCAACCGGCUCCUUUUGCGCGCAAAUCACCCAAGUCGGGCAACCAUGCUCUCAGCAAAGUGUCUGUACGGCGAAUUCGCAGUGCCAGAAUGGCUUCUGCAUGUGCAACACAGGCUAUUCAGCCACUUCUGGUCAAUGUGUUACCUAUCAGAAUCCGAUCUCGAAUCAAUGCCCCAAUGGAUGCCCGACAAAUUCUUUCUGUUUUAAUGGCAAUUGUCAAUGCAUGUCUGGAUAUAAUCCCACGAAUGAUGGAUCCGGUUGUACACAACAAUGUUUAAAUGGCCAACAAUGCUCUCCACCCAUCCAAAUUCUCAGUUGCCAACAGGGUUACAGCUAUGACUCAACGACAAAUCAAUGUAUCCGAGUGGUGGCUCUUGUCUCUGCUCCACAGCAAGCUUGUGGAAUAAAUGGACCGUGUGGUGAUAACUCCUAUUGUAAUCAAGGACAAUGUCUUUGCAACAAUGGUUACUACAACAGUGGCUUUUCGAGUACUAACAGUGUGAAUUGUCAACCGGUUGCCCUUGCGAAUCAAGCCUGUCAAUCACCAAAUGCUUGCACUCUCAACUCUGCCUGUUCCCAGGGAAUCUGUCAAUGCAAUAAUGGAUAUUACAGUAAUUCAGGCUACUGUCAGCCAUUGUUAUCGGCCAAUCAACCAUGUCAGUCGUCAAAUGGCUGUACCCAGAACUCCGCUUGUAUCCAAGGCUUUUGCCAGUGCAACAAUGGUUAUUCCAACAAUGGUGGAUAUUGUCUACCAGCUACAAAUCAACAAUGUCAGACAACAAGCGAUUGUUCUCAAAAUGCGUACUGUCAAUCGGGAUCUUGUCAAUGCAACAAUGGUUACUAUAGCAAUGGAGGGUAUUGUCAGCCAUUGAUUCCAAGCAAUCAACCAUGUCAAUCAGGGAGUUGUGGCCAAAACUCGAUCUGUACCUCGUCUGGAACGUGCCAAUGCAAUCAAGGCUUCUAUGACAAUGGUGGAUCUUGUCAAGCACUCAUUCUACCCAAUCAACCAUGUCAGAACUCAAUGAGUUGCAUUCAAAAUUCGGCCUGUUCAUCAGGGACUUGCCAAUGUAACAGUGGAUUCUACAACAAUGGUGCUGGAUGUACUCAACAAGGCAGCUAUGCUUAUCCUGGACAGACUUGUCAAAAUGGUCAAAUCUGUCAGGGUGGAUCUCGUUGUGAUGGCACUGUCUGCAGGUGUCCAUUCGGAUUUUUCCCUUCUGGCCAGCAAUGCAUCCCAGCCAAUCAAGAUCCCGGAUCAUUCACCCAAUCUCCCAACACCGUUAUCUUAAUCCCUCUCGGGAGCUCAUGCGAUCCACGCUGUAACACAAACUAUUGCAAUUCGAGGUGUGGAAAUGGGGGAAUCUGCUCGAAUACAAAUGUUUGCACAUGUCCAAUUGGAUAUGCACAGAUUGGAACCACUUGUUCAACAAAUAACAACAAUAACAAUAAUGGAGGAUGUCCAGGCUGUGGAAAUCGUAGGUUUUCCUCAAUGCCCGGUGAUCGAUGCAAUAAUACGAGUCCAUGUAGUGGAGGAUCGGUUUGUGUGCUCGGAGUAUGCUCUUGUCCAGCUGGUUAUGGACCAAGCGCUGAUGGAACGUCGUGUCAACAAUCAAACAACUUUGGAGCAUUGACAUUGCAAAGAAUGGCGAAGAAAAGAGAAUGCUUUAGUGAUACGGAAUGCGCUGGAGGGAUGAUUUGCAGUGCUAAGUCUUGCAUUUGUCCAAGUGGCAGUUCACUCGUUGACGGGGUUUGCACGGAAAGUUUCUCGGGAUAUCAAAAGAAAGCUCCGGUGUAUCCAGGCAGCUUUUGCUCGAGCACUUCUCAGUGUCAGAAAAAUUCGCAAUGUUUCCUGAAUCGAUGUGUUUGCGUGGGUGAUCGGGUGACGAAUACAACUGGACAUUGUGUUGGACCGUUUGAAGUAGAGACAAGAGAUGUGUUGCCCGGUUCUCGAUGUUCAAUCGGUGGCCUGCCUUGUCAGGGUGUAUCAGUCUGUGAUCAAGGAUAUUGUGUGUGUCCACUUGGCACGGAAACCGAUGAAGAACCGUAUUGUUCAAGGACAACGGGAGAGGAUCUAUUGCUACGAUUUGCUCCAAAUGCUGAGGCUCUAGUUGGAAAAGCAAGCUGCUCUUCCUACAAGGAUUGCAAGAGUCCACGAAUUUGCGCAGAAACGAAGAAAUGCGAGUGUCCGUUCUUUAUGAAAGAGGAUUCUCGGGGAGUGUGUUUACUCUUCAAUGACGUGACUCCCGGUGCCAGCUGCGAUUUCCCGUCAGCUCGUUGUGUAAAUGGGUCUGAAUGUUUAGCUGGAAUCUGUGCUUGUCAACCGCCACUCCUUCUCCAAGAUCAAGCCUGUAGCUCACCCACUAACAAUGUUUUACCUGGAGCUCUUUGCAUGUCCUCUAACGAGUGCACUUUUGGAUCGGAAUGCGUGAAUAACAUUUGUAAAUGCCCGUUUGGUGUUACUAAUCACGGAGAGCCUUGUAGUGGAUCACAAAAGAAAGCAAAAAGAGAGAUUUCUGAGAAUACGGUUGAUGAUCUGAGACUGAGGCCACCACCGACGAAGAAUGCGACUGAGUUGACUGAUUGUCCAAUUGAUGGAUCGUGUAAAUUGCCUGGAUGCUUUUGUUCAAAAACGGGCACAGUGAUCCCCGGUGGAUUGAACGCCAAGGACACUCCACAAAUGAUCAUUUUGACAUUUGAUGAUCCGAUUACUGAUCGAACGAUUAACAUCUACAAAUCACUCUUUGAUGGAAGAAUUAGAAAUCCGAACAGUUGCCCGAUUAAAGGCACAUUUUUCAUCUCACAUCAGUGGAACAACUAUGAUCAAGCGCAAUGGUUGUACUCGAGGGGGAAUGAAAUUGCGUUGAAUUCGAUUACUCAUGAAACCUUGACUACAGCUACCGAACAACGAUGGAGAAAUGAAAUGUCGGGAUUGAGAGAAUCGCUCAAAGAGUUUAGUUACGUUGAGCAGGAAAGCAUGAGAGGAAUCAGGGCACCACAAUUGCUUCUUGGAGGAGACAAUCAAUUCGCAAUGAUGCAACAAGCCGGCUUCACUUAUGACAAUUCGAUGCCAUUGAGAGGCGGACCAUAUUGGCCCCAAACACUCGAUCAUAAAAUGGCGUGGGAGUGCGAGGAACAGAAUUGUCCAACAAAGCCGUUCAAGGGUCUCUGGGAGCUUCCAAUCAAUCAACUCAUCUCUACCACUGGGAAAUACUCGGCAAUGGCUCGAUCAGCGAUUCGGCCAUUCGACAGCCGAGAUGCUGUGGCGAACAUGUUGAAGAGAAAUUUCCUUCGCCAUUACAAAGGCAAUCGUGCUCCAUUCGUGAUCACGGCGGACACAGACUUCUUGACUAUUCUUCCCGAUAAUGGAGCUGUGAACGCAUUGUCGGAUUUCUUGAAUGAUGUAUUGAAUCGAACGGAUGUCUAUGUGGUAACCGCAACACAAGCAAUUGAAUGGAUGAGAAGGCCAACAAAAGUAUCGGAGAUUCAACGAUUCCAACCAUGGCAAUGCCAAUUCCAUUUGAAUGACCAUGUCCAACCGUGUGAGAGUCCAUCCGUGUGUUCCUAUUCUUCAUCUUCGAUCCAAGGCGGUGUCCCUCAUUCAUUCCGUAUCUGUGGCUCUUGUCCUCUAGCCUAUCCAUGGAUUGAGAAUCCGCUAGGGAAACGUUUAUUAACCGUG